AUGGAACGUUUCGAAGAUAUAACAAAUAAUUUUCCAGGUGGUUUAUAUCCAUAUGUUCGUAUUGUAUCAUUAUAUGAUGAACACCCUUUUGAACAUGAAUUUUUUAUUCGAAUUGCUCAAUCAUUUCCAUUUAUGGAAAAAUUAACUAUCAAUAAUCGUUAUGCACAAAAUCAAAAAGAAUCUUAUAAAUUAAUAAAUGAUAAAUCGAAUUUAUCAAUUGUUAAAUAUAAUUAUCUUAUUGAACUUUAUAUAGAUCGAGCUCAUGAUGAUUAUAUUGAAGAAUUUCUAUGUAAUACGAAAACAUAUUUCCAAAAUAAUAUUCUUCUUGAUAUCCAUUAUAAAGCAUUAGAAAGAGUAACACAUAAUUUUACAAGAGAUUCAACACGAAUUAAUUGUAUGAAAGUAAAUGAACUAUUUUUAUUUGGAAAACUCGAGUAUUCAAAAUCUUGUAAAGAUUAUUUUCCUUUUGCAAUAAUAGAUUGA